GUCCGGGACGGAGAUGACAGUGCCAGAAUUGUCAGGGCUGGAAAGGAUGGAUCUCUGGAGAUCACCCUGUCCCACCCCCCACCAACGCAGGGUCACCUGGGGCAGGUGACACAAGAACGUGUCCAGGUGUGUCUCCAGAGAGGGAGACUCCACACCAUCCCUGGGCAGGCACUAGGGCGCAGUGCUCUGCCAUCCUCAAUGUAAAAAAGUUAUUCCUCGUGUUGAGGGCAGACUUCUUGUGUUUUAGUUUAUGGCCAUUGCUUCCUCUCCUGUCACUGUGCACCGCUGAAGGGAGUCUGGCACCACCCACUUGACGCCCACCUUGAUGAUAUUUAUAUAGAUUGUUGAGAUUCCCUGUCAGCCUCCUCUUCUUCAGAUUAAACAGGAUGAACUCACAGUCUGGCACUCUUCUCAUUCGAGAGAUACUCAAGUUCCUUAAUUAUCUUUAUGUCCUCCUCUGGACCCUUUCCACCAGUGCCUUGCCUUGUGCUGGGGUGUGCACUUGGGGCUGGCAGCAGGAAGGUGGCUGCUGGACAGGGACGGGCCAGGGAAGCCCCGGCAGAUGGCAUCGGUGGCUCCCAGCGUGCCCAUCCUGCUGCACACAGGGCAGAGCUGUCAGACCCCUGCCACGCCUGGGAGCUGCUCUUUGCAGUCCCUUUUGGGUCCUGACAGGAGGAGACAGAGCAGAACAGCUACAGUGUGGAUCCACUCACAGUUACUGAGGGACCAGGCAUGGCACCCACUUGUCUCUGAGCUUAAGGGGCACUCCAGAUUAUGAUUUAAAAAUAAAAGACAAACCUCAGACAUCCUGGUACUCAAUUCUGUGGCUGUGCUAAGAAUCAGCUAGGAAGUUGCUUCUGCCCCCCAGCAGGUGGAUUUCCUUUCCCACCAGCUUUGCAGGCUCUGGAAAAGGUUCUUUGCUGUGUUGGAAGGUGGCUCAGCAGCAAUGCCAGCCCACAGGCUGGCCCUGUCUGCACACCCUGCUCCAUUGGUGUUCGUUUUCCUGCUGCUUGUGGUCAGGAUUGGGCUGUUCACUCUGUUUGCUGCCAGCUGCCCCCUCAGCUCUGAUCAUUGUUCCUUCUUCUACCAAAUUCUUGAGUUUAACCCCAAACCAAACAAGCAGGGGACAGAAAAGAGGGAAGAUAACAAAUGCAUUCCACAUUUUAACAUGCAGUGGCUUCCAUGGUUUUGUUUUGGGAUUUUCACUGUUACCCCAUGGAAAAUCUGCAGCUAUUUGUUUGGGAUCAUCAUGUUCUAUUCAAGCUAUGCAGAUUGUGCUUUCUGCCCCUCAGGUCAUUAGACACAUGAAGGAGGGGCUGAUAUGGCAAUCUCAUGCAUGGCAUGGCAAUCUCAUUGCCAUGCUGUGGAGAUACUUUUUGGUUUUUUUUUUGGUUUUUUUAAGAGUUGACAACCCAGAACUCCCCAAAUCUCUGCUUGCAAUAAUGACCAUACGUGCAUAGGGAGUGAGGGCAGUCAGGGUACUGCCCAUGGUGCCACCUCCAGGACAUAAACUGGGGUCUCUCCUGCCUUAUGUCCAGCUGUCUCUCCCAACAGCCACAGUUGUUUCAUGGUCCAGGCAAAGGCUGAAGGAACAACAUCCCCACUCCUGUCCUAGCUGGAGCCCAGAGUUUGGUCAGAGAGAGGCUCUAGCCAGGUAUUGAUCAGUGCCAGGAGGGGCACCUUCAGGGCAGUUGUCGCAAUCCAGUGAUCCGAUAAUUGCUGUCCCCUGCCGGGCUGUGCCAGCCCCGAGCCCUCUGGUCGCAGCAGUCAUGUGGCAGUUGGCUAAUGAGGUGACGCCCUGCACGGGCAGCACAUUGUCAGGUGGAAGAGGAGCCCCACACAGGCCCAGGGAGAGCUUUGCGGUCUGUUCUGUCCCACCGGCCAUGGAUAGGAAGCAGAAGCAAGCAGAGAAGGCCAGGCCCUGUGGCCUGCUGAAGCAGACAGCUCUAAACAAGAUCGUGGGCAGAUUCCAGCUGCACCAGGAGGCGCUGCCCCACCUGCCUGUGCCCCCCCUGCAGCAGACCCUGGACCGGUACCUGCUGGCCCUGGAGCCCAUCAUCAGCCCCGAGGAGCUGAGCCACACGCAGCAGCUCGUGGCCGAGUUCCGCAAGCCGGGAGGCGUCGGCGAGAGGCUGCAGAAAGGCUUGGAGAGAAGAGCCAAGAAAACAGAGAACUGGCUCUCAGACUGGUGGCUGAAGACAGCUUACCUGGAAUAUCGCUUGCCAGUCGUGGUCCACUCCAGCCCAGGUGUGGUUUUACCUAAGCAGGAUUUUCUGGAUCGACAAGGUCAGCUCAGGUUUGCUGCCAAGCUGAUCGAGGGUAUCCUGGAUUUCAAGGCCAUGAUUGACAAUGAGACCCUCCCAGUGGAGUACAUGGGUGGGAAGCCCCUCUGUAUGAACCAGUACUACCAGAUCCUCUCAUCCUGCCGCAUUCCCGGGCCCAAGCGGGACUCCAUUGUCAACUAUGCCAAAGGCAAAAAGCAGUCCAGACACAUCACAGUCGUUCACAACUUCCAGUUCUUUGAGCUGGAUGUUUACCACAGUGAUGGAUCUCCCCUUACUGCUGACCAGCUCUUCAUUCAGCUGGAGAAGAUUUGGAAUACCUCCCUCCAAACAAACAAAGAACCUAUUGGGAUCCUCACCACCAACCACCGGAACAGCUGGGCAAAAGCCUACAACAACCUCCUGAAAGAUAAGACCAACAAGGAGUCCGUGCGUGCGAUUGAGAAGAGCAUCUGCACCGUGUGCCUGGACGCCCCCAUGCCCCGGGUGUCCGAGGACAUCUACAAGAGCCGCGUGGCCGCGCAGAUGCUGCACGGCGGCGGCAGCCGCUUGAACAGCGGCAACCGAUGGUUCGACAAAACCCUGCAGUUCAUCGUUGCUGAAGAUGGCUCCUGUGGUCUCGUAUAUGAGCACGCUCCCUCCGAAGGCCCACCCAUCGUUGCUCUUCUGGACCACGUCGUGGAGUUCACGAAGAAGCCCGAGACGGGCAAAUCUCCUACAGUUCAUCUGCCAAUGCCCAAAAAGCUGCGGUUUAACAUCACCCCAGAAAUCAAGAAUGACAUCGAGAAUGCAAAGCAAAACCUCAACAUAAUGGUAGAAGAUCUGGAUAUCAAAGUCAUGGUCUUUCAUCAAUUUGGGAAAGGAUUUCCCAAGUCAGAGAAGAUAAGCCCUGAUGCUUUUAUCCAGCUGGCCUUGCAGCUGGCGUACUACAGGAUGUACGGCCGCGCCUGUGCCACGUACGAGAGCGCGUCACUGCGGAUGUUCCGCCUGGGCCGCACCGACACCAUCCGCUCCGCCUCCGUGGACUCCCUCAAGUUUGUCAAGUCCAUGGACAGCCCUGACAAAUCGGACCAGGAGAAAGCUGACCUGCUGAGGAAAGCCACACAGGCCCACAGGGAAUACACAGACAUGGCCAUCCGGGGCAAUGCCAUAGACCGGCACCUGCUGGGGCUGAAGCUCCAGGCAAUCGAGGACCUGGUGAGCAUUCCUGAGCUCUUCAUGGACACAGCCUAUGCUGUUGCAAUGCACUUCAACCUCUCAACCAGCCAGGUCCCAGCCAAGACAGAUUGUGUGAUGUGUUUUGGUCCCGUGGUUCCAGAUGGCUAUGGAGUGUGUUACAACCCCAUGGAGGAACACAUCAACUUUGCCAUUUCAGCCUUCAACAGCUGUGCUGACACAAACGCCGCCCGCAUGGCACAUUACCUUGAGAAAGCACUGCUGGACAUGAGGAUCUUGCUGCAGGCUGCUCCCAAAUCCAAACUGUAAGAGGGAAACCCCCAGUUAAAUGGGCUAUCCCUGAUGCACUGAAGCUCCCAGUUCCUCAGAAAACAAUUCAGAGAACAGCAAAGAUAUCUACCAUUUGUUUUCAGCAAGAUGUUACAGAAUAGUCACCCACAGAUGUCAGACUCUGUAGUGAGAGGAAACACUGCCUCAAACCAAAGUAGAACUGAGAGGCCUCUCCCAUCAAUGCAAAGUGCACCUUCCUGUCCUCAAAGAGGACACAAAUAUGAUUUUUAUGAAAACUACUGUAAGGGAGUACAGAAAGCACAGUCCUUGCCAGUGUCUAAAUCCAUUUGGUGAGGAAGGUAGUUCUUGUCCAUGAGAAGCAGGGAAUGAUUAUUGUAUGAUAGAACUACUGUAAGACCAAGUCUUUUUCCUGGUUUCAUCUUCUGAAGAGCAUCUUCCAGUCUUGACUGAAGAUUUUUCUACUGCUCCAGCAAAGCCUCAUAAUUGAACUUCAGCAAGGGGAGAAGGAAGUUCAGCCAGAGCAGAUCCAGUCUCAUUAGAGUACUGCACUACUUAUCCCAGGCACUCCAGCCAGUACAGGCCCUACAGGAACGCUCCCUUCCCCUUGUUCAGGACACUGGCAUCUCCUUCGUCUUACACCAACCCCCUUAACAACAGGACAUGACUUGAUACAAACUAAGGUGAUUUUUACUGUUUCAGGUUAUUUUUGUUGUUGUUCUUGCUCUGAGCUUUUUGUUAAGCUUCCUGCCAUGGUCCUACCAUUGAUCAUCCAGCUCAGCCUUAAGCUUUUUCCCCAUAAAGCUUCUACAAAACUCUCCUCAUGUAAGUUUUGCCAGCUUUGGCUUUAGGUACCUUCACAUCUGCAGAGAUGAGAAGGAAUUUCUUAGACAUUUAGCUUGACACUUGCUCCAUUGUACCUUUCUUUGGAGAUGAGGAAAAGAAAAAGAUGCUGACUCUUUAUGAACAAGCCACAUGCCUGAUGUCCCUCAGGACACACACAUUAACCCAAUGUGGUUUUACACCCUGCUUUCAGAAACAGCCUUUUUGUGCACAAUGUUAUGCCCAAGCUGUGGACAAAUAAGGAUGUUUCUGAUCAGGAACUCCAACACAUAUUUCCAUUCCUGGCCCACAGAGUUGAAAUCUGUUAAAGGGCAAAGGAAAAACAGCUGCAGAAACCCUUCUUUCACUCUGCUGUAACAAGGCAGAAAAUCUUGAAAAACAGGAAGAAAGCUGUAGGGUUUUUUCUGCACUGUUCCUGCACAGCACCUUUUCUGCCACUCUGGGGAGUUAUUUCUUACUGAAAUACUACUCCAAUUUGUGUCAGCUUUAUUCUGUGAGAGAAUGAUCUCAUGUGAUACUGUUUUUAUGUUCAGUUGACAAACUUGAGACAGUAGAAGAUUAUAUAUAAACAUUAACAUACAAUGGUAGCAUAGGAACUACUUCCAACCCAUCUGUCAGAAGCCAAGCUCCUGACUACACUUUUAUUUAGUAAAACCAUAUGGUAAUAAAGAAUUCUAGUGCUCUUUCUGCAGUAGGAAUUCUGUAUUUAAAUUGCACACCCUUCAAGAUGUGUCUGCUGGGAUGUCACCAUAAAUAAGAAGCAUUAGGAGUGUGAUGGCCUGUUUUGUUAACAGGGAAAUAAUUGCAAGGGACAUGAUCAAAGUGCCUUGAUGAACAUAUAUGAACAAAUUUGCACUAAAGCUUUUUAAAGUAAAAGAAGAGAAAAAAUAAAUCUAAUUUGUUUCUCAAAAUAUACAUGCCAAUGCUUUUGGCAUGUUUUUCCUGAAAGGAUGUUAUUUCAAAGCUUCUAUCUUAUACCUAAUAACAUACCUUAAAAGAGGAAAAUUUAAUUGAAACUCACCUGCACAGCCAGUGAUUGUAUUGACCUUGAUUGAACUGCCACUUUCACAUCAUCUACAUGGAUUUAGUUGAUCUUUUAGAGGAAUCUUGAAUGGAGUGAGAGCCUAAAAGCAUGAACAGGAGCACUACAGACCUGCAAGCAGAAAUCCCUGCUCUGGUGACUCCUCUGUAUCAAUCAGACUGAAAACUGCAAGAGGAUACUCAGUAUUAUCAAACUCUAAGUGAUUGUGUAAAUACUACAGACAAGAACAAACCUUACUGGAGUAACAUCUGGAUUCAUGGAGCCUUUUACAUGGAAAAAAAAAAAAUAUUCAUUUUGCCAAGUAAUCCUCCCCCCAUACUGAAUCAGCCUCUGUUACCAGGGGAAGAAUUACUUUUCCAUGUCUGCAAUGCCUUCAAGCACAAGUAGCACUACUGAAAUAUUUGGGACUGGCCCUUUUCCACUUCUGUCUCAAAGGGGAAGGCUCUCAAAGCAAAGUGCCUAUUAAAGACUAAGCAUAAGCAUGUGCUGCUGAAGAUUGUACCUCAGAAGAUUGGAUUGAUCUAUUCUGGAACUAAAUCUGGACAUCCCACUAGCUUCAGCAGAGUACAGCUGCAGGGAGCAGACAAAGAGAUAAAAGAUUCAUAAACCAUCUAAUGCGUCCUUACUAAAACACAGAGCUGAAAUUCAGAUGAAUGAGGUUGAUUUUUAAAGUGCUUGAAAGGACACUAAAAUCACAACAAGGUUUUUCCUUCAAAAAGUCUUUUCUUAUUGUACAAGUUCUAAAAUGUGAUGUCCUUCUGGUUUGUAUCUUCAAGAUUUUUUCACUGUUGACUUACUGAAUACUCUUCUCCCUGUUUCUGAUUGUUUUAUCAAGAGAUGCCCAUUGUCUUAAAGGCACAUUAAGGAGAAGAAACUAAAGCUCCAGAAAAUUGACUGAUUUGGAACAAAUUAUUUCAGAAAUUCAUAAACUGAAAAUAUUCAGAUAACUCUUGGGGUGAGUGCAAUUUUUGACACAGCCUGGUAGUGUUGCAUGUUUUGCUGGUUAGCUGUGUUAAAUACUGUUGGGUAGUGGGAUCCAUGUCUUGCAAAGUUUGGAAAUGUUUGUUGAAUAAACUGGGACACAAUAAACAGAUAAAUGCUACAAAAAGGCUUAAAUCUCCUUAAACACUGCAGAAGUUACAUAACUGCCCUUAAUGGGACAAUGAUUGUGUGGGGACAGCAAGAACAGUGAACCACAGCAUUCUGUCACCUUCCUUUUAUUGUCAUAUCUCCAUCCAGCCCCCUUGAGUACAGGGGAGGAAGAGAAAGCAUCUGCUUGCAAAGCCACAUAUUCCAAAGAAAACAUUCAAUUUCAGAAAACUAGUGGCAGGAGAUUUCAUACAAGUGUAGGAUAAUAAGGCAGAGCUCAAAUCUUUUUCCUGCACAGCACCAUUUAGUUAAGAAAAUCCAUGGAAUCACUAAGGAAUUUCUACCAUAUAUCAAGUAUUGCAAAGAUUUCUGAAAA